GGACGUGAACGCAUCUCGGCUGCCGUACGGGAAGCUGGUCUGGUCGCGCAGGCUGCAGAGUUGCCCCGAGCAGAAACAGCGAGGCAGCCCCCUUUAGCAACACUUCUGCGAGGACGUCGUCUGCCAGCCAUUACACACUGAAAGGAAACGUGUAGCUUUGAACGUGGAUGGCGACACUUGCAGUUUUGAGAGCUUAUUGAGGUCUCUUUGGAGGAGCCAUCUGGGAGGACGAGGUUCUGGAGCUGCCUCUCCCAGCGCCCCCUUCACUGCACAGGCUCGACAAGAUGUCAGCUUUCUCUGAGGCAGCUUUAGAAAAGAAACUAUCCGAGCUUAGCAACUCACAGCAGAGUGUCCAGACUCUGUCUUUGUGGCUGAUCCACCACAGAAAACACUCGAAGACCAUCGUCAACGUGUGGUUUAACGAGCUGAAGAAAGGUAAGGUCCACAGAAGCGAGCUGGGUACCUUCAACGAACAAAGCUAACAAACCCUUUCAGGUCACUAAUAAGUCACACACAUCUAUGAAUCAUUAGUUAUGGAAGCAGGGUGACAUUUAGCUCCAGUUGAAGCAGUUUCUGAACUUUUAUAGAUGGCUGAAGAUGAAUUUUACAACUUAUGGAUCAUGUUGCUGCACAUUAGCAGCUAAAGCUAACUAACUUUUCUGCAGCGUCCCUCUUUCAGCUUUUCACAUGGUAGCUUAACUCCUUGUAUGAAGCUGCUCUUUCUCAUACUGCAGCAGCCAAAAGGUCCUCUGUAAACCUACCAUGUAGCUGUCUCAGUAUGCGCAGUGUAUGCUAAUGUUAGCUAUUGAAUGUCAGUGGUGUUUGGAUGAUUGAGCUGGAUCCACAUUAGGCCACUUGACCAAAACCCUGCAGUGCUGUUCAAGUGUGUCUCCCUUUACUGUGGCUGUUAUUUAGCACAUUCAUAUUCUGCAAAAUUCCCCACAGCUGCACUAGUAAACAGUAUCUGGCUAUUUACUUGUUUACAGCAUGAACACAAUCUAGUGCACUGUAGUACAACAACUGGAACACAAACUUAGUUUUUUGUUGACAUGCUCAAACAGCUGAUAUUUGCACCUAAUACUUGUCCUUGAAGACACAGUGAGAGGUGGUGAUGAAUUUGAGAGUGCAGUAUUGAAUAGAAUAGAAUAUUCCUUUGUUGAUCCCCCAUGGGGGAAAUUGUUUUGCCACAGCAGCAACACAGACAAAGAAAGUGCAAAAAUGCAGUUAUAAAAAUAAAGAUUGUAAUAUUAAGAACUUAAAUGUUACAAUUAAGAAAAAAUUUAGAGAAGGAAAAAGGGAGAAGAAAAUAAAACUACAUACAAAAUACACAAUUUAAGUACCAGAAAAAAACACUGGAUGAAUGAAUGAAUAAGGAGAUGAACAACAGAUGAUGAGGUAUCAGGAUAGUCAUGGUUAAAUAACUGUACAUGAAUGUUGAAUAUUAAAUAGAUUAAGGUGUGAGUCCAGUUUUAUUACAAUUAACAGUUACAAUUACAAAUUGAAUUACAAUUGAAAUUUGUUCCUAAUAUUUUGUCUCAUUCUUUCACAAGCAAUUGGAGAGCAACAAAACAUUAGGAACAAUAUAAUUUAUUACUAGAAGCUCCCACCACACCGAAUUAUCACCUGUCUGACCAUGUCAACAAAAAACUGAACAUUUAGAAGCUUCCAGAAACUCGGAUUUCAGAUACAGCUGUUGUAGUGGCUCUGCUAGAUCGUGCAAUGUGUAAUGUGCAUGACAUACCUGAUAGGCAACAGCAUAUUUGUGAUAUUUAUGCCCAUUAACUCGCGUGUCUUGCUAGAUAGAAGCUUGGAUACAGACGGAUUAAUAUGUCACAGUCAAAAUAAAACCCAUACUGUCCCAUUAUUGUGACAUAUUUCACCAUCUUGCAUAUUCUUCCAGAAACAUUGGGAUGUUAUUCAUGCAGAGUUAUGCUGCUUUUAUUCUUUGGCUCUUUACUAUCUUGUGUUUGUAACCAAAUUUAACAGCAAAAUGCCUGGCUCCAGUAAAAGAAACAGAAAUAAGGUGCUUUAUUUGUGGUUAAUACUGGCACACUACUCCUGUGGGUGCUGGUCAACAAGCUAAUGAAAUCUCCAGUGGGUGUUGUAUUUUUGGAUGCUGUCUGUGGGCUUCAAUGAGUGUGAAUCUCUAAUGACAGAGUGAACGGAGAAGGCAGCGCUGUGAUCUGUCCAAAACAACAAAUGCACAUGCACCAAUAUUUGCACAGUCUUUGUGACUCAGUGUUUGUUGCAGGUGGAGUUUGUUGUUAUUUUUGAGAGGUGUGUAAAGCUAAGACUAUGACAUACUAUUUGUAAUUUGGUAUUUUUGCCACCUUAUCUUUUCUCAUAUGAUAAAUAAAGUCAGGUAUAUCCUUGCAGGUUUACUAAUCAGCCCAAAAGGUCUCAUGUAGGGGACUGAACUCUCCCUUUUCACUGUUCUCCUUAAGUUUAUUCUUGUACGCUUUAACCCCACAUGUCACUGUUUAAAGAAUUAAACAUGUCUGUGUACAUAUGCAUGCUUGCAGCUCAGGUGUCACGCAAGCUUACCUUCCUCUACCUGGCAAAUGACGUCAUUCAGAACAGCAAGAAGAAAGGACCCGAGUUCACCCAAGACUUUGCACCGAUCAUCGUUGAUGCAUUCAAACAUGUUUACAAGUAAGUGUUGACUGUUAAAAUGAUCAAUCAGGAUUCAUAAAGCAUGAAACUCAAAGUGAUUAAUUUACAGUCUUUCUGUAAAGUGGUCGUGUUUUCUUCUCCAGAGACGGCGAGGAAGGCUGUAAGAAACAGCUGGGUCGAGUUUUGUCCAUCUGGCAGGAGAGAGCGGUGUAUGAAAACAACCUGCUGAAUCAGCUCUCACAAGUGCUGGGUAAGUUUAAUGAUCUUUACCUGCAUGGGCCCAGAAACUGUGCUGAACUCUUAGAUGAGUCUGCAGAGGUGUUUUGUGACAGCUAACCUGCUCAUCUGCUGGUUUAAACAGCUGGGGCUCCACAUUGAAAGACUAGACUGUGUUUGAGGGCAAUACAUGGCUUAUUUAGGAAGUUAAAGGACGGCAUUUGACCUGGGAUUAAUCGUAAACACUGUCAUAGAUAUCCUAAUGACAGGGCUCACAGUGCAAGGAUGUAAGCUAUGAAACAGGAUUUUUUUAAAGUGAUGUUUUUUUUUUCUUUUGUUGUUAAUCCCAGAUGGAGAAAAAAAGGCAAGGAAGAGGUCAUACGAGGCAAUCCAACCAGAUGAUGAGGACUUUGCUACUCGGAGCUCUCCGGCUGAGCCCCCACAGGUGCAGGAUUAGAUAAUCAGUGGAGCUAUUAAUAAAGGGCUCUGAGAUAAAUACGUGUCCUAUAAUUGUUACAGCUGCCUCCUUGUGAAUAAGUAUCAUGGCACUGGUUCCAUUUCCCUCUUUAUCACCAGCAUAAAUGCAUGUAAAAUACAGUAUUUUCCAGAUAUCACUCAUGCCUCAUUCAAUCUACCUCUCUCAUCUUCUCUCUCGCCCCUCCUUGAUCAUCACCCCCUCCACCUCAGACAGCAGACUUAAUCCGAGCUCUACAAGAGCUGGAAAACGCAGCCUCCAACGACUCCGUGCUGCGUCAGCGCAUCUCCUCCCUUCCUGCUGAGGUGCUAGACACGUCACUGCUUCACAGAAUCACAGGUAAGAGGUGGGACACAGCACAUUUUUAGCUGUAUAGUUACAAAGGAGUGGGUUUUCUACAGCUCAUGAAACCAUGAAUUCAACACAGUUGCAUUACGCACUCUUUCUGCUCUCUAUGUGCUCUCUAUGCUUUAGAUAAGGAGUCAGGAGAACGUCUCUCCCGACUGGUGGAGGAAGCCUGCAUGCUGCUUGCAGACUACAGCGGCCGCCUGGCUGCAGAGAUUGACGAUCGAAGGCAGCUAGCGCGCACGCUAACAGUGUUCCUGCAGAGCCAGAAGGAUGGCCUUGUCCAGAACGAGCAGAAACUGGAAGUGCGUACAAUACCUUUUUUUUACCCUCCAAUAACUGUGUGCUUGUGCUUUAUCAUGUGUUCGCCUCAUUAUUUAAUCUCAGUUUGUCUGUGUCUCUUCGUGCUCUCACGUCUUUGUCAACCUUUUCAAAUAUUUGUUUUUGUGUAUUUCAGCGUACUGCAAACUCGAGUGUCAGGUCUGCUAGCAUAACAAACAGAUUCGUAAUUAAACUCUUAAAUUAGGACAGCACAUAUUAAUCAAGGUGUAGUUCAUGGUCAUUAAACACAUCAUAACUGAGUGUGUAAACAGGUAGGUCUUUAUCAUGAAAGUCUCCCCUCAUUUUUUUUCCUUCUUAUAAUUUCCCACAUUUGUGUUGACAUUAACUGUCCAGCUUUUAUUCACAGGGAACCAAGAGGACAACGUUUUUCAUAUUGUAUCAUAAACUGUAAUAAAAAUAAUGAAAAUAAACAAUAAAACAAUUUUGUGAGUGCUUUUAUUUUGCUUUAACCUGGAGCUUUAGGUGGUUUGUACACAUGUAUAAUUUUCCAGUUUUAAAUAAGGUCUUUUUAUCAUAUGGACUAACAGCUCUGGUUAGACUCUCAGCUUAAAGUUGAAUUAAUUUCCGGCUCACAGAAAAGCCUCUAAAAUAAGGAGAAUUAAAUUGGAAAAAAGUAUGUUCUGGGAGUGUUGGAUAAUUUCUUUUUAGAAAUUAUGUUGAAUACAAAGCCUCAAAUAGCUCAAAGAAAUGUGUCUAUACGUACAGCGUACCUCAACACUAUGAUCAAGAAGUUGAAACCAGACUAGGAGAGGAAAGAUGUUUUUUUUUUUUUUUAACAGACAUUUCUGAAGUUUGGUUAUUGAUCUUUGCAGAGAGUCAAUGAAGUUUAAAAAUUCACUAACAGGCUAGUGAAGAGAUGCAGAUUUUUAGUUUCUGUACUUUUCUCUCAGCUCCAAACAGUACACUAAACCUUAAUACUGACACAAAAUUAUUUAGAGUUCUCAGUUUUGUCAGGUUGAAGAUGUUUUUUAUUUGAUUAACUUUUAUUUUUCAAAAUAAAAAUAAGAUGUUAUUAAAGAUGUUUCAAGUUCAGCUUAAACUUAAAAAUAGGGGUGUUUUGUUUUGUUAAAUAUCACCUUGCAUUCAGUGGUUUGAACAACUUAGGUAUAUUAGUAAAAACAUCUUACACUGGUAAAAAAGUUACUGUAAGGAACCAACUUAAUAUGCAUCUGAUGGAAAUAUACAGCUAGAAAUUCAACCGUAGACAUAAGGACACUCCGACCAACACCACAGUCUGCAAUGAAGAAUCGAAACCAUGUUUUUUUCCCCCCCCUUUUUUCUUUGACUCCUACUUCAUCCUGUACUAUCCAUCAGGUUCAAUAAAUGAAGAAAACUAUAAACUCUCUAAACUCCAAAAGAGAUUUGACCUCUUGUGCACCUUUUCUCCUUCUUUCAGGAGUACAAGCGGAAACUGGCGAGGGUGACCCAGGUCCGAAAAGAGCUGCGGUCACGUCUGAAUAAUCUUCCAGGAGGACUCUACAAUUCUUCAAACUGACUGGACCUGAUUUCUGACUCUCCUCACUGUUGUCAACUCUUUACUCCGCAAAGCAUCUGUGUCUCCUGUGUGGUGACCCGUGGCUCUUGUUCUGUUCCCGGUGGAUUAUUUAUACUUGUGUGUUCCUUAUCAGUCCUCUUAAUUCUCCAUCUGUGAGCUCAUGUCUUUGUGUGGGUUGUCAUCAGUACAUUAUACUGAUCUGAUGCAGGCCCCUCAUAUCUCCACCCUUGUCCGUUAACUUUUACAGAUUUAACAUCGUGUGGAUAAUGCUGGUGUGAUAUUUUUGUAUUUAUAGUGACAUAAAAUAAUGCACCAGAAUGUAUCCCUUUAGUGUGACCAUUUGUAACACUUAACAGUGUUUUGGGCUGCUUUUUUUUUUUGCAAGUACAUCUUUCUGAUUUUUGGUUAUAGAUCAUUGCAGUAUUUUUCUAAGUUGGACUUAUGUUUUUGUGCAGAAAAAGGUGAAGUUUUGAAACCACUUUCAGAAGCAUAGUUAAAGCCACAACCUUACAGCUCAUCAAAAUAUGUUAUUACUCUUUGUUUGCAAGGUUGGUGGGUGUACAUAUUCAAAUUUGCAUGUAAAUAUGAUGGGGUUUUAUCUGUAGGUACUCAUGAUUGGUAAUCACUUCAUGGAUUGCCAAAGGAUCAUUCAGACAUUUACAGAGGGUCAUCUGAAUGUCAGUGUCUACAGUUUUUCACACCACCAUGUUGGUGAAAUAACAAGCGGAGGAGGCUGUUGUAGCUGUCAUUCAUAUCCUUUCAGUCGACUGAAUGCUGCGCAGAGCCCUCGUAUAGCUUUAUAGAUGCCCCAAAUUUCAAAGCCAGAUUUAAGCUUUUUGUUUAUGUACAUAUGGAGCUCGUUCUGUUCAGAACCAAAUAAACAGGAAAGGCACAAAUACAAAA